CAGCCUUUCUUGCGCUUGCGUUCCACUGCCUUCGACCGUCAACACCACCUCAAAGAACUGCGACAAGAUGGCCGACAACGACAAGCCAGAGCUCACGCCCGCCGAGGAGGCCGCCGCCCGCGCCAAGGAGACGGAGGAGCAGAAUGCGUUGCCGUACAAGUGGCAGCAGACCAUCGCCGACGUCGACAUCACCUUCAGCGUUCCCGGCAACUACAAGAGCAGAGACCUCGUCAUCGACAUCAAGAAGACCAAGCUCUCUGCCGGUGUGAAGGGCCAAGAGCCCAUCGUCAGCGGCGACCUCUCCCACCCCAUCCUCGUCGACGACUCAACCUGGACCUUAUCCUCGGCGCCCGACGGCACAAAGACGGUCGAGAUCCACCUCGACAAGGUCAACAAGAUGGAGUGGUGGGCGCACGUCGUCACCACGGCGCCCAAGAUCGACGUCUCCAAGAUCACCCCCGACACGAGCAAGCUGUCCGACCUCGACGGCGAGACCCGCGGCAUGGUGGAGAAGAUGAUGUUUGACCAGCGCCAGAAGGAGCAAGGCCUGCCCACGUCGGACGAGCAGAAGAAGUUUGACAUCCUCAAGAAGUUCCAGGCCGAGCACCCGGAGAUGGACUUUAGCAACGCCAAGAUUAGCUAGACGUUGAGGCAUUCUGUCUUUCACGAGAAAUGAGUCUAAAUCAAUAAAAGUUUACAAAUGUUCAUGAC